AUGUCUUCAGCUUCAUCUAAAAAGAUAUUGGAAUUUCAUAAUUCUGAAUCUAGUUUUAUAAUAACUUCAAGUAUAAUAAGCAAUAAUGGUCAAGAAUCUGAAUUUACAAUAUCCUCAAGUACAAUGAGUAAUAGUGAUCAAUCAAAAUCACAACAAACUGAAAGAGUAAAUGAGUUUACACAAACUAUAAUAGAGAAUGAAACUAAUUUUAUACCAAUGAUUGGAGAAUAUGGUCCUUACUUCAAGAAUUUUACAGAAAUAGUAUUUUUUAUUUGGAUUACAAAGUAUAUGAUUACUUCUCGAGAUAUACCUACUUUGAAAUAA